GGUCGCUUCUGUAUUCGUUCUGCUCCACCAGCUGAAGCAUGCCGAAAGCGAUAUCCAUAGGGGGCAGGUCCAUGGAUGACCAGGAAAUUGUGUUGGAUUCUUCAUCAGACGAAUCCAUCGUAGGCGAACAAGCAAAGAAGCUGUUUGAUCUGUGCGAUAAAGAUGAGAAGGGCUACAUCAUAACUGCAGAUUUGAAAAGCCUCAACGAGUUUGUAUCUGCCAAUGACAUCCAGGAAAUCCAGAAGAAACUUGAAGAAAGCAGUGAAAAGCAGUUUACCAGGGAGCAAUUUAUCAGGAUUAUCAAAGAGCUGCUUGCGAGUCAAAACAACAACAAUGAAUCACCGCCAUUGACAGAUACGGAUGUCUCACUUCCAGACUUCACGAUGACCUCAGUAUUGAAUCCCGCUGGUAUAAGUCUCGAGAAAGAGAUGGAAUCGCUCGAACCAGUACCUGCAUAUCAUGAUCCUUAUACAGAAGCUUUAAGGCAACAGUUAGCCGAGCAGGAGAGACAAGAUAAACAAACUAAGCAAGAUUUAUCAACUAUCUACGAGCACCCAGUGCGAAUCAAGCGACCUCAGUUUCGUCCGAUGGAGCCGGACAUAUACGGUAUAUCUCCUGUACCUGUAGUGACCUCACCGCAGUCACUGGCAGAUGAAUUGAAUGAAGCACAGAAAGUAGAAGAACAGAAGAAACCUGAGGAGAUACCUACUCCAGACCGAAUAUUCAAAGUAGUGUUCGUUGGAGAUUCAGCAGUAGGGAAAACAUGCUUCCUGCACCGAUUUUGUUACAACCGCUUCAAGCCAUUGUUUAACGCCACUAUCGGUGUUGAUUUCACAGUAAAAACGAUAAACGUAGGCAAUCGUGUGGUAGCCCUGCAAUUAUGGGACACUGCCGGACAGGAAAGAUUUCGAUCAAUAACCAAGCAGUACUUUCGAAAAGCUGAUGGUGUACUAUUAUUGUUCGACGUGACCUCUGAACAAAGCUUCCUCAAUGUCCGGAAUUGGAUCGACUCCGUACGUGCGGGUGUUGAAGACAGCACAGUGAUGGCUUUAGUUGGAAAUAAGGUGGACUUGUUUGGUAGCGAUUCGGCGCGAAAUAGUGUUUACAGGGCGGCAAAGAAAUUAGCAGAGGAAUUUGGAAUGCCUUUUUACGAAACCAGUGCCUAUACAGGAUAUGGAAUCGAACAUUGCAUGAAGACGAUAGCCGAGCGCUUGCAAAGGCGCGAGGAACAACAUCUCCAAGAUGCUCUGAAACUCGAAAUGGAACCUGCAAGUAAGAAGCGAAGCUGGUGUUGCCUUUGAACUUCCAUGUGAUACAGUGUAUUUAUCGAUUACAAUGUAAAUGUCAGUGACUGAAAUACAGGAAUGUAAAGCUCUAUGGUCUCUUGAUUUUCAUAAUCAUGCGUCAGUAAAUCUGUUCGAAUA